AUGUUCCACUCAUUGUGGGUGGAACAGCAGCUGAGGUUAGUAAAGUGUAAUGGAUUAUAUUUGUGCAAAGGUUCUAUGGUUAGCCCAGAUUUUGUAUUGACGGCAGCUCAUUGUCUUUAUGAUGACAGUCAUGGUUGGGAUUUGAAAGUUCACAAUGCUAAUGACGUUACCAACUAUAUCAAACCUAUUUUUAGGCAACCGAGCUUAGAAAAAAAUUUACGAAGCUAUUCCCAAAAGUCAAAUAGAAUAGAUUUUGUCACAUCUUGUAUUGAACCAUCAGAUAAUCCUAAUCGAUUAAAUUAA